GAAAAAUUAUACUACAAAAAUGAUGAAUUCUAUUAGUGAUUUCUUAGUGAAGGAGCCAUCAGCAGGGUUUUAUGUUGGGAUUCCAAUGCUGGGACUGCUCUGGGUGCUUCUUGCGUAUGGGUUCAUGAUGGCAGACAGGAUUUUGGAGAGAGAAGGAUAUAAGAGAGAGGAGGUGUUUAGACAGGAAACGAGGCAACCUACGAAGAGACGUACUCAUCAUAAGAGGUUAGAUGAGGGAUAUUAGUGUUAAGAGUUAGAGGAAGGUGGUUAUAAGGUGUUUUGAGGGUUUAGGGCUCGAAAUUGGGUAUGGUGGGUUUUUGAAAAUUGAAAUUUUGAUAAGGAUGCGUGGAGUUUGGGAAAUUUUAAUGAAUGAUCUCCCGGGUGGCGGAUGGCUCAAGAUACUUACUGAUUUUAGAUAAUUGAUGGAGGGUUUAAGAUACUUAAAAUUCUAGAACGAUUUUUAAUUUCAAAAUUUUAAUUUUAAGUCACAAAUGAAUUUUGGCAGACAAAUUUUCCUAGAAACCCUUAAAUAAGCCUAAAACCCAGAUAGAAAUGAAUCAUAAGACAAAUGGACUUUAUUUGAUUGCUGCCUGGCGAAUAUAAUAGAGGUAGUUAUCUUU